AUGGCAGAUCUAUUUACUAAAUUACCUCACACAUUAUUAGCAAAAAUUAUAAAUUAUAUCGAGCUCAAUAUAGAUAGGAUUGCUUUUACUUUGGUUUGUAAAAAUUGGUUCAUCAAUAGAGAUAAAUAUCUUGUGUUAUACACUACACAAUUCAGAAGUUUCGAUACUGAAUAUAGUGAUACCUUUUUAAACUCUUAUAAUAAAUAUAUAUUACAGGCAAAUAACGCUGCACAUUAUAACUCUAUCUGUAUAACAUCGAUUUCUCAACCAAACUACACACUUCAUAGAUAUCUACUUCGUACAAACCAUAAUAAUGAGCCUAAUAACAACAACAACAUUGAUAAUGACGGUUUAAUAACUUUUCAAGAUCAGAUUGAAAAUCUUUAUUUCACCGAUCAUUACAGAGUGCCUAUUGACGAUAGUUUUAUGAGAUCGGUUGGACUGUCCAAUAUUACAACGAUCCAUUUCAAUCAACUUUUUAAUCAACCCAUUCCACCAAACUUCUUUCCUCAAACCAUAAAGAAGUUGGUUUUCGGAGAGAAGUUCAACCAACCAUUGCUUGUUGGCUGCUUUCCGGUUGGACUGAAAUCUCUAGAGUUUGGCAGAGAUUUCAAACAGCUGAUCGAUACAAGUGGUAUACUGCCUGACAAUUUGGAAUCUCUUAUAUACGGAGAGGGACUUGAAAAACUAUCAAUGAAAGGACUUCCACCCAAACUCAAGUUACUUAGAUUCGCACAGAAAGAUCUCGGGCACAAUACAUCGAUUGUUGACUAUGAUCAAGACAACUGUCUUGAAUCACUGGUGAGAUUAGAGAAUCUACCAAAUUAUCUCGCAACAGGUAUCAAAUGGACAAGUUGCAAGUCAUUACAAUAUUUUAGUACAAGAUACUGUAAUCCAGAUAUGGAAAAUCACCUCACCAAGAAAAUUAUCGAUUUUCCUUUGACAAUUGUCGAAUUAGAUUUACGAAAUUUGAUAGAAAAUGGUGGAAUCGUAGAUGAUACAUUCAUCAUUGAUAAUCUAUGUUAUCGUACUUAA